UUGUUGACAUGUGGCGUAGCCUAAAAUCCCAUUAUUUGGAUUAUUGUGAAUCAACAGGUGUGUGAGUUUUGUGCCGAUGUGCAUUUUCCUGUAGUCUUACAAAAUGUCAGGGUUGCCAGAUUAUGAUUAAACAGUUUACGAGGAGCAGUGAAUGCAGCAGAUGGAUCACGUGCACACUGAAGGAUUCGGUGGCAAACAUUACUGUUGUUUUUUUUUUUUUAUUAUUAUAUUUUCUCUUUUUAAAAACUAAAUAUAUAUGUAUAUAUAUACAUAUAUAUAACAUUAUUACCGCUGUGGAGUUGGCUUUAUUUUUCGAAGAACUGAGCUACUGUAGUCGUAACCAUAGACUGUUUGCGGCUGUAUCAACCAACGCGGAAGACAAACAGAGGGAUUUGGCAGCUGUAUGCUAAAAAAAAAUAGUUCACAAGGUGCCAUCAUGACUUCACCUGUCCUCGCCAUCGUAGUGGGAGCUGGCAGCCGUGGAGAGAUCUAUUCUGAUUUUGCAUCCAUCCACCCUAAACGCAUGAAGGUUGUUGGAGUAGCUGAUCCAAGGAAGUUUGCUUGCAGGAAACUUCAACAGCAACACCAAAUUGUAGAUGAAAACAUAUUUGAUGAUUGGCACCACAUAAUUGAAAAAGAGAAGUUUGCAGAUGCUGUGUUGAUUUGUACUCCAGAUUCCUUGCAUAAGGAACCUGCUGUGGCCUUUGCAAAGAAGGGCUACCACAUUUUGCUGGCGAAGCCGACGGCAACAACUGCCGAAGACUGCUCGGCGAUCGUGGAGGCUUGCACUCAGAGUGGUGUGAUGCUAUCAGUGGGCCAUGUUCUCCGGUAUGAUCCCGUUAUCCGUAAGAUAAAGGUGAACAUUUUCUGUCACUCUUCAAACGUACAUUCACAGGGGGAGCUGUCAUAUGAUGGACAUGGAAUACGUGUGUUUGACUUUCUGACCCAGAGAUCCACAAAGCACACUGCACCCAUUAACAUCCCCAGGCAAUUUAGCAUGAGUGGACGUGGUGGCGCAGACUACCAGCUUAUAGAUGCCUUUAUUUCUGCUGUGGCGAACAACGAUCCCUCCCUGAUCCGAUCGGGUUCCGAGGAGACACUGCUCAGCCAUUUGCUGGUGUUUGAUGCUGAGCGUUCACGACUAGAGGGCAGGGUUGUGUACUGUGGUACCACCAGCCAGAGCUAGAUGACUCAAAAACACUGACAUUAUAAUGAUCUCUCACCUUAAAAAUCAAACACUAUGAUAGUCGAUGAUUCAAAGGCCAAAUCUUGGAGUGUAAUCAAAUUCAUCUUUUUCAUGGGUAUUAAUACUGUGCGUGACAGAAUGAACGGUACAUGUACUGUCAACAACUUGAUCAUUAUUUGUUCAGCAUAAUGUCCUUAUUAUGCCUUAUCAAUGAAUCUUGCACCAGAGUUGCUAUAUACUGUAUAAGUAAUAAUAUAGAACAGUUUUUUUCUUUUCUUGUUUUUUCCGCUUGAGAUAAUGGAUAGAUUAGUUUGAUAACAUCAUUUAUUAUAUGGCCAAAUGUAUGUGGACACAUACUUGAGGGUGUCAGCUAUGUUUUAUGAUUACACUAUUCUUCUUCUUAUGUAAUUCAUAAUUGUUUAUAUACUAUUGUAUCAUGUUCUAAUCAGUGUUUAAAAUUAUUGUUUCUCUUAGAAUAAAUAAGUAACAACAGAUCAACCUCUGUUUUUUGAAGUAUCAUUUUUUAAACACAAGGUGUCACUAGUUUAUAUGAUUAGGAAUAAACACUGGAACAGGGUGACAGUGGUCCGUUGUGUUACUUUAGAACUAGCAGGCCUCAAAAGUCUGUGUAAUAUCACAGUAAUAAUUAUGAAACAUAUAACGAGUGUUAAGAAAAGGCUUGCAAAAACAUGCCACAGCAAACCCAGGUAUAAUAAUAUGCCAUCUGGUUUGUAUUUGUUCACAUCAUUACCCUAGUUUAUAGAUUCAAAAUAAUGUGCUCCAGUCACAACUCAUUUUAUGCUCAAAACACAGAAAGUGGUUCAUAGUCACCUUUGCUGUGGUUGAUAGCCUGUUUAUGUGUAAUAGACAAUGUUCAGGAAAACCUUGAAGUUGCAGUACUCUGAGAUUUCUUGUUCCCUUUUGCUCCUUUCUUUGAUGUACUGAGCCACGUCCUUACCAUUCUGGUCCAUCAGCAUCCUCUGUUUUUCCAUGACUGUGUAGCCAUAUAUACACAGCACACUGGACAGUUAUACAUAGUGGAUGUACUUUAUCUUCAUGGAUCUAAGAUGUUAGCUAUGGAAAAUAUGCAGUGUAUUACUAAAAAGUAAGCAGACACCUUAAAGUAUGCCCUUUGGUAAAUGAAGUCUAAUCUGGUUGUUAUUAUCAUGUCGUUGAUUAAAUAUUAAGACACUUUAGUAAGGUUGACUAUCAACCUGAGCAAGUGUUGAUACAGCCUCUGCUUUGAAUUUACUAUUCAAAAAAGCUGAAUGGGAGUGCAACUGACUCUUUCUAAGCACCACUGUCUAAAAUAUAAAAAUAAUAUAUACUAUAGUUUACCUGGUAUUAAAAGCUUUGGUGCAUUUAGUCAUCAGGCAAACAAAUAUCCUCCUGAAUUGCAUGUAGCUCUCUUCCCAAAGCUCCCAAGCUUGUGGAUAAUGUUUAAACUUCUUUGUAAACCAAUUCUAAAGCUGUUUGUGAUUUCAAGAUUUACAUUAGGAAUGGAAGCAUCAUUCUGUUGCUUCUUCUUGAGUAUUACCCCCAUUGUUACAUCUCAAUAGAGCACAAAAGUGGUAAAAUGCUAAUUUAAGAACUGACUGAAUAACUGUUAGCCAAGCCUACUUUUACCAGCUGAGAGUUAAGAUCCAUGAACUGUUUCUUCUCCAUUUGCAGCAUUUUCAGUUCCUCCCUCAGCUGUCCAUUCCUCAUCAUUAGUUCACUAAUGCACUGGUGACCCUAAAACUGAAACAUACAAUACCUUCAGUCAUCCUUGCAUUUACUAGUAACAAGUAUUUGGUGUUGUGUAAGCUGCUGUUAUGAGAUUUCCAACUGUGUCAGGAGCUCCUCCACCAGUCCCCUGUGCUGGCAACUUCCUCUCCCACUCCAAAAUCUGAAAACAAAGCCAACAAUAGGGUCAACUGUGAUAAGAAAAUUGAGAAUUCAUUGCGCAGCAUUCUGUGAACG